GGCCCGCCCUCGCCGGCCGGAGUGAGCGACCGCCAGUCCGCGGAUCCCGGCUGCCGUCCGGGCGCGCGCAGCUAGCGGGCGCGACUAUGCUAAGAUGGUCCUGCAGGCGCGGAACAAGCACCGGGACGCGGCUCCCAGGCCGCCCCGGCCGGCCCGCGCAUCACCGCCGCCACUGAGCGGGACAUCUGAGGUGGGCGCCGGGGAGCCGGGGCUGGAGCGCGCGCCGCCGUCUCCGGGGCGCAGAGGCGCGGCGGGCAGGAAGGGGCCCCGCGCGGAGACCGCUGCGCCCGCCCCGGACGGCCUCGCGGGCCGCCUGGCGGUCGGGCUGCGCUGGGCACUGGGCCUGCGGCGCGGGCGCGGCCGGACCUGGAGCACGCUGCUGCUAGCUUCCUUUGCAGCCCUGUUGCACUGGAGCCACAUAACUCACCUCUUUGAAAAUGAUCGGCAUUUUUCUCACCUCUCAACACUGGAAAGGGAGAUGGCUUUCCGCACUGAAAUGGGGCUGUAUUAUUCUUACUUCAAGACUAUAGUGGAAGCACCCUCAUUUUUCAGUGGAGUGUGGAUGAUAAUGAAUGACAAGCUUACUGAAUACCCCCUUGUUAUUAAUACAUUAAAAAGGUUCAAUCUUUAUCCUGAGGUAAUCUUAGCCAGCUGGUACCGGAUUUAUACCAAAAUAAUGGAUUUGAUUGGAAUUCAAACCAAGAUAUGCUGGACAGUUACCCGAGGAGAAGGCCUCAGUCCAAUUGAAAGCUGCGAGGGAUUGGGAGAUCCUGCUUGCUUUUAUGUUGCUGUAAUUUUUAUGUUAAAUGGACUAAUGAUGGCAUUAUUCUUCAUCUAUGGCACAUACUUAAGUGGCAGCCGAUUGGGAGGCCUGGUCACAGUGCUAUGCUUCUUCUUCAAUCAUGGAGAGUGUACCCGAGUGAUGUGGACACCUCCUCUCCGGGAAAGCUUCUCAUAUCCAUUCCUUGUACUUCAGAUGUUGCUUGUGACUCACAUCCUGAGGGCUACAAAACUUUACAGAGGGAGCUUGAUUGCACUCUGCAUUUCCAAUGUGUUCUUCAUGCUUCCUUGGCAGUUUGCCCAGUUCGUGCUUCUUACUCAGAUUUCAUCAUUAUUUGCAGUAUAUGUUGUGGGAUACAUUGAUAUAAGUAAAUUACGGAAGAUCAUUUAUAUACACAUGAUUUCUCUUGUGCUUUGUUUCGUGUUGAUGUUUGGGAACUCGAUGUUGCUCACAUCUUACUAUGCAUCCUCUUUGGUGAUUAUUUGGGGGUUGCUGGCAGUGAAACCACAGUUGCUAAAAAUGAAUGUAUCUGAACCUAGUUUAUGGGUUAUCCAAGGGUGUUGUUGGUUAUGUGGAACUGUUACACUCAAGUAUUUGACUUCCAGAAUCUUCGGCAUUGCAGAUGAUGCUCAUAUUGGGAACUUACUAACGUCAAAAUUCUUUAGUUACAAGGAUUUUGAUACCUUACUAUAUACUUGUGCAGCAGAGUUUGACUUCAUGGAAAGGGAGACUCCACUGAGAUACACAAAGACACUGCUGCUUCCUGUUGUUCUCAUCGUGUUUGCUGCAAUCGUCAGAAAGAUUAUUAGUGAUAUUUGGGGUGUCAUGGCUAAACAACAGACACAUCUAAGAAAACACCAAUUUGAUCACGGAGAGUUGGUCUACCAUGCUCUGCAGCUGUUGGCAUACACAGCCCUCGGGGUUCUGAUCAUGAGACUGAAGCUCUUCCUGACACCACACAUGUGUGUCAUGGCAUCCUUGAUCUGCUCCAGACAGCUCUUUGGGUGGCUCUUUGGCAAAGUUCACCCUGGUACUGUUGAGUUCGCUGUGCUAGCCGCUAUGUCGAUUCAAGGCUCAGCCAACCUGCAAACCCAGUGGAACAUUGUAGGGGAGUUCAGCAACUUACCUCAAGAAGAGCUCAUAGAAUGGAUCAGAUACAGCACAAAGCCAGAUGCAGUGUUUGCAGGCGCCAUGCCCACCAUGGCAAGUGUGAAACUCUCUGCUCUCCGGCCCGUGGUGAACCACCCACACUAUGAAGAUGCAGGUCUGAGAGCCAGAACAAAAAUUGUAUAUUCGAUGUAUAGCCGAAAAGCAGCUGAAGAUGUGAAGAAGGAAUUGAUGAAAUUAAAAGUGAAUUACUACAUUCUAGAAGAGUCAUGGUGUAUAAGAAGAUCCAAGCCUGGGUGCAGCAUGCCUGAAAUCUGGGAUGUGGAGGAUCCAGCCAAUGCUGGGAAGACACCCCUGUGUAACAUCCUGGGGAAGGAUUCCAAGCCUCACUUCAACACAGUGUUCCAGAACAGCGUUUACAAAGUCCUAGAAGUUAUCAAAGAAUGACUGUGACAAGCGCCGGCUACAGAGACCGCAUCCGUAAUGGCUUUACUGCUUUGCCACUAAGUCGUGUAUCAUUUUAACUCAGAUUACAAAACCUUUACAAGUCUUUUAAAGUAACUGUUUUCAAAUGGAAAACAUUUUAUUUGGUCAAUAUGUCAUUCUGAUUGUAAAAAUGACUUACACCAGAUCAAUUAGUUACUGUUUCAGUGCACCUGUUGAAAUUUGCUAUGCAAAUGAGUAUAUGCUUGUACUUCAUUUAAAUAUUUGUGUUACAGUGAACAAAGCCAUCUGUGUAGAAAUGCGUCAUGGGUCAUGACAAAGAUGAUCUGAAAGUGUAGUUCCUUCUGAACUGGGAGGGCCUGCUUUUCCGUGCAGGGCUGUCACAGCCUUGCUUCUUACUUACCUCCUGGUCUUACCUUUGGACACUUGGGUGAUUCUGUACCCCAGUCUUGUCAACCCAUCUUAGCUCUUAGUCCAGGUGUCAAUGGCCUGUGGAACACCUGUUCCUCUCACUUCUGGGUGCUCUUUUUGUUCUGUAUGGCGCUUGAGAAUCAAGUGUUUCCUGCCCAUUGUUGCCCAGAUUCCUGGGUAUGAUGGGAGGAACGGCUCCUUUAAUUCCCAGCCAUGUGGAGUCUGCUUCUUCCCACAUGGGCUUUUGCUUUCAGAUAAAUGCUAUCUUGUCUUUAGUUGAUUAGCAAGUGCUUAUUCUUGGUUAAAAAAUUAGGAAAUGUGUAUUUUUCUCAUUUUUAGUAUUAAUCAAAUAUUAUAUUUUAAUAUCUUUAAUUCACUUAAAAUUUUUUCAUGAUUAAUUGCAGUUGUAAGAAAAGCUAUUUUGGACAACCCCAAAUAUGAUGCAUCUAGAGUCUAAUAUAUAUAGAGACAUAGCUAUGGUAGACUAUAGUAUAUGGUAGUUUUUCUUUUGCUAUUAAGAUAAAACAAAACAUAACUAACUUUUUUGUCCAAAUGUAAAUGAAUAAUGAUAAAUGAAGAGUUUUUCUAUUUUGCUUUCAAAAUUGCCUGUCUUUGAUAAGACAAAGCCUUAAGCCUUAUAAUUUUGCCUAAAAUAAUGGAUUAAGUUUGAAGAGGAAUGCGUAUGUUCAGUCUUCCCCAUUUUUUUUUGAAAAAUUUCCAAACAUGCUUUGAAUUUUUACACAGAUUUUGUUUCUUAGAAGUUAAUUUGUGUGAAAUGAGAUUCUUCAAAACCAUGGAUCUUCACUGUUGUAAGAAAUGGUUUUCAGGUUUUAAAUUCUAAGCAAAUUGUGACCAUGGCUGACUACACAUUUAAUUACAGUCUUCUCUUUAUUAACCACAGGCUGAUUAACCUCAGUGUGGAUUGUCCUUGAGACCUGAGUCCUCAGGGAUGGUUUCCGGUGCCCAUCCUGGCAGCCGCAGAAGAGCUGUUCUCUUCCUGCCUUCUUACCAGAGGCCAAGAACAAGUUUGUCUGGGGGAAGCACUAGCUUGCUCCUGUUGUCACCUGCAAAGACAGCACAUGAGACUGAGGAGCGUGGCCUCAGUGUCCCCAGAGCCAACCUCGCCUCCCAGGUUGUCCUGCCCUGGAGCUGCCCAGGGACUGUCGUUCCUAGUGUUGCACACUGUGACUCUGCUUCCUCAUGUGGCACUCAGUUUUUAUUUCAUAAGCUUUUACCAACUCAGAACAUAGGGAGGCAGCUGGAGAUAGGUGGGUUAGGAGUGUUUCAGUGAUGGUGCAGGAUUGCGAGGAAGUGGAAAGAGGGCUCCUGAGGUUGGAGAGAGAGUAGGCGUGGGUGUGAGGGCGGCAUGCACACCCUGCUUGUCUGCACUCCUUCUGCACCCUGACGUGACUGCUGUGUGUAUACAGCAGUUAGGAUUUUUUUAAAAUCACCUUUUUAAAGUUCUUUUCUAUCCUUACCCUCUAACAAGUCCCUUCAUAAUAAGUUCAUGUGUAAUGAUUGGAAAUUCUGUACAGAGAAACAAAACAUUAAAAUACUAUUAGAACCAGCUCACAUGCUGGGAAACAUUAAAAGCAGUCUAAAUUAGUUUUCUGCAGAAGCCUUUUGUAACAGUAUUUCUUAAUGUGACUCCACCAGCAAGCUCUGCUUGUAAUUUAGGCAAGUCAGCUUAGAACAGAGGCCUUGGGGGUCCACUGCGUAUUUAGCCUCCAGCACAUCCAGUAGCAGCCGGUGCUCUGCGACUUAAGCACUUUUAUGGCGACAUGGAACAGUAAUAGAUUCUGUGUAGCUGACAGUGCAGCAUUAAAGCUCAGUAUUUUGCAUAUUUUUAGCAUUUAUAAAUAUUUUUGCUUUAGUGUGAGGAAAGUAAGGAAAGACAGGAGGCAAAUGAAAUAGUUAUUAUUGUGACAUUUUUAAAAAAGCUGGGUACUACUUCCAUAAAAAGAUAAGCCUCUGAAAUGCCUGACAGAAAAUGUGUGCUGUUAAAGUAGGCCAAUAGCAUUAAGGAGAAAAUAAAAGGAUGUGUCUGAAAUGAAGUGAUGGCUGCAUAGGAGUAUUGUAUUUUUAUGAAUUUUAUGCCCCUUGUUUACAUGUAUUAUAUAUGUUAAAUAAAUAAUACAUGAAAAAUGUGCAAAAUGU